AUGCCAACAAAAGAAAAAUACUUUGUGCUUAUAUCGGGUCUCGCACUUAUAACAGGUGUAAUGCUUUAUAAUUUUCAGAGCUAUCCGACUAUUCGUUAUGAAUCGAUUCCAGUAACUGUACCAAGAUAUAAACUGGAGUCAUUGCUUCCCCAUGGUACGUUUGACGUACAUUUCUCUCUAGCGACGGAGCAAGAAUUCUGGGACACACACCCUAUUGAUAUCUAUGAAGCUUUUGCUCAACAUUCCUACAAGACGUGGGAUACCUGUAGAAAUACAUGCGAUGUCAAAGAGCCAGUGUGCAAGGCUAAUUCAAUUGGAGGCUUGUCAAAUUUAAAUGCGCGAGGGUUAAUAUAUAGAAAACCUUUUCUCGCGAGAGGGCAGUACGUCUAUGAAUGGGAGAAAAAAUAUUUGAGUUAUCCCCCUUUGACCGAUGCUAAAACGCUGCCAGAUUUGGAGUUGUCGAACGUGACAGUUGAAAACGCAAGACAAGGUGUGGUCAGGUGUAAGAUGCUUGAAACUAUACGCGGUCGUCUGGAUGUCGUGGAUGGGUACGGGCGUCAGAGAAGCAAGGGAGACGAUGUGGUCAGGGUUUGGAUGAAGGGAGAUAAUCCACAGUACUCUGUUGUUGGGGAAGUUACUGACUUACAGAAUGGCAGCUAUACUUUCUCCAUUAUGUGUUUGUGGAAUGGAACAUCCUCGAUAAAAGUAGCCAUUUCCUACCCACGGGAAUUUAUAAGAAUCGUCAUACACCAGAUUCACGUGGGUGUGGCCCGAUACAUGACAGCAACUUUCACCAAUAAACAAUUAACAGAGCACUCUGUUUGUUUCCACACCCCCAACAUACCUGGCUGGGAGUGUAUUUGUAACUUCAGCAAGUUUGGAUAUGAUAAUUACUACUGUGGUAGACCCAGGGAUCCCAGGUUGACCUGUGAUGAUUGGGUGUAUGGAAACUCUCUGAAUGUGGCGCCUCCUCAUGAUGUGACAGAUGCUGAACGCGACUUGAUUCGUUCCAUUAUGGGUACACCAGCACAGCGAGUAGUGAAACGUGAAAUAAAAGUUCUAAAUGCAAACACAGAUAACCUGCCUACACUCAAGCCUUGUCGUGAGUCUAAUAAAAACGUCACCUGGGUGAGAAAAACACCUAAAGGCUACUGGAGUUCCGGACAUGUCUGGAAUUCUCUUGUUUGUAAAAAGGAAGAAGCCAUCACAACACACUGGACCAGGAACUGUCUCCGGAACACGUCGGUCUGGAUCUUUGGAGACUCAAACGGAAGACUUGCAUAUUUCAGUUUCCUUGACAUGACAAAAUGUGUUAUAAAAGAAGGAGGGUACCCAGAUAGGGCAAGUUGUGUGAUUCCAGAGUACGGUAUUGACAUAACGUUACUCGCGCAUGAACCACCAAAAUAUGUUUUAACAAGAAGAAGCGACAACUUCACAGGAGUGCCAGACUUUAUCCAAACUCUGCCCAGAGACAGAAAACACGUCCUACUCAUCCAUUACUAUCUCCACUACACCGCCGCCCAUCUCAGUGUCCUGUCCUUACGCAUGAGGAAACUCAGGGAAGGCAUCGAGAGAAUGCUGCAGAAGAAUCCAAAUGUUUUAGUCGGUCUAAAAAUCCCUCACGUGACUUCUAAGUACUACCUCAACAACCACGCCGUGGGAGGGGACCCCCUCGUCCCCCAGUACAUCGAGAUGAUCAGGCAAAGGUUCAGAGGUCUAGAGGAUAAAGUCGUGUUUUUGGACUUGUGGGAGAUGUCCAUUGGAAUAGAAAAUGUCGAUUAUCAUCCACCACAAUACAUCAACCGUGAAAUGAUCAAGUGGCUUGAAACUACAACCAUUGCAUAUCCAAGUCGCUGUAACAAGCAAAUAAGAACAAUCUAA